AUGGACGCCAGAGAUACCGUACCAAUCCCCCAGCCGGCUGGGUGGCCGGUUGUCGGUAAUCUGAGUGAAAUCGACCCAGAGCUACCUAUCCGCUCAUUAUGCAACCUGGCCAAGACGUAUGGCGAAAUCUACAGCCUCACAAUCUUUGGGAAGAAGCGUGUUGUCAUCAGCUCUCAACGACUACUGGCAGAAGUGUGCGACGAGAAGCGCUUUGGAAAGAUUGUAUCAGCUGGUCUGGCCGAACUCCGAGCUGGUAUUCACGAUGGGCUGUUUACGGCGCAGAAUAAUGAAGAGAAUUGGCAUCUUGCACACCGUGUCUUGGUGCCGGCGUUCGGACCUCUGAACAUUUCUUCGAUGUUUGAUGAUAUGAAAGAUAUCGCCAGUCAGUUAGUCCUCAAGCUGGCGAGGUAUGGCCCGGAUUACAAGAUACCAGCGACAGAAGACUUCACUCGACUUACCCUGGACACCCUUGCACUCUGCGCCAUGGACUACCGUUUCAAUAGCUUCUAUACAGAAGAGCAACACCCUUUCAUCUCUGCUAUGGUGAGCUUCCUCAAACAUGGUGAUGCCCGAUCGAGGCGUCCCGCAUACCUGGCUCCCUUCUAUCGUGCAGACGAUGCACAAUUUCACAAGGACAUCGACUAUAUGCGAAAUCUCAGCCAGGAAAUCGUGGAUCGUCGACUGCAGCAUCCCGAGGACAAGAAGGAUCUGUUGAAUGCCAUGGUCAACGGCAAGGAUCCCAAGACUGGAAAGAAAUUGAGCACAGACACCAUCAUCGACAACAUGAUAACGUUCCUGAUCGCAGGCCAUGAAACGACUUCUGGGCUGCUCAGCUUUCUCUUCUACUUCCUCAUCAAGAAUCCUGAGACCUACAGAAAGGCUCAAGCUGAGGUCGAUCAGGUCAUCGGUACUGAGAGCAUUCAGGCCCAUCAUGUGAACGAGCUGCCAUACAUUACCGCCUGCCUUCGUGAGGCACUACGUUUACAGCCUACCGCACCGGCCUUCACGACGCAUGCUUUAUCAGACACGACUCUUGGUGGCAAAUACUUUGCUGGUACUGAUGUGCCUAUUGUUGCUCUACUCCCAGAGGUUCAGCGUGAUCCGGCUGUAUAUGGCAAUGACGCCGAGGAGUUCAAACCAGAGCGCAUGCUGGACGAGAACUUCAAUAAGCUUCCACCUGGAGCCUGGAAGCCGUUUGGUAAUGGUGCGAGAGGCUGCAUUGGUCGACCAUUUGCUUGGCAGGAAGCUAUGAUGGUAACUGCGAUGCUCCUACAAUACUUUGACCUCACACAAGACCCGAGCUACGAGCUCGCUAUCAAGUCGACAUUGACCAUCAAGCCUAAGGACUACUUGAUGCAAGCCAAGCUCCGUGAAGGCUGGACAGCCACUAAAGUCGAGCAGCACCUCUCUGGCUCCGUGCGAACAGACGGCAGUGGAGGUCGUCAACCAGCUGCUGCAAAGCCGUUGGCCGACGGCAAGCCACUCACAGUCUUGUUCGGCAGUAACAGUGGUACAUGUGAGGCCUUUGCACAAAUCCUUGCGACAGAUGCUGCUGCGCAUGGAUUCAAGGCUGAAGUGCGAACACUCGAUGAAGCAAAGCAAGACCUGCCGAAGGACCAACCCGUUGCAAUCAUUACGGCAAGCUACGAAGGUGCACCCUGCGACAACGCUGCACGUUUCUACGACUGGCUCCAGAGUCUUGGGGAAAGUGAUAAGGUCGAGUCGCAAUAUGCAGUCUUCGGCUGUGGCCACUCGGAUUGGAAAGCGACUUUCCACAAGAUUCCGAACGCCAUCGAUUCGAUCUUGGAGUCGCAUGGCGCACAGCAAUUGUGCGAACGAGGUAACGCAGAUGCUGCGAAAGGCGACAUGAUGUCUGCUUUCCAGACAUGGGAGGACGAGCAAUUCUGGCCAGGGGUCAAGGAAGCCUUCGGUGGUGAAGAUGCAGCUGAGUCCUCCGGGAUCAGUCAAAGCCUGGACAUUACAGUCACGAGUCGCCGAGCCUCUCAACUACGUGCCGACGUGUCCGAGGCCAAGGUCGUAGCUACUCGAUCACUGACAGCAGAAGGUGUGCCAGAGAAGAGGCACAUUGAGCUUCAAUUGCCGAGCGAGAUGACUUACCGGGCAGGCGACUACCUAGCUGUGCUUCCCAUGAACCCAGCAGAAAGCAUACAUCGUGUCGCGCUCCGCUUCGGGUUGCCUUGGGAUGCUAUGCUUACCUUUUCGAGCAAGAACAACACGGUCUUUCCGACCGAUGCUCCGCUCAGUGCGCACAACCUCUUCGCCGCUUAUGUCGAGCUUGGGCAGCCAGCAACCAAACGCAGUGUGAACAUGCUAGUUGAAGCUAGCAAGGAUGAAGACACCAAGAAGCAGCUGCAGGCGAUACUGAGUGGCGACUUUGACGCACAAAUCACACAGAAGCGAGUCUCGCUCCUCGGAUUGCUGGAACGCUUCCCAACCAUCGACUUACCGCUAGGAGCCUUCGUGGCAUCACUCAUUUCCAUGCGAGUGCGCCAAUACUCUAUCUCCUCCUCGCCACUGGCGGAUCCGCACAAGGUGACACUCACCUACGCCGUCCUAGAAGCCGACCCCUUCUCGGGUCAACACAAAUACGUCGGCGUUGCAUCAAACUACCUCAGCCAUCUACAACCAGGUGACAUCGUCCACGUAGCCGUCAAGCCUAGCCAUCAGGCGUUUCACCCACCGACGGAUGCCGAGAAGACCCCUGUGCUCAUGUUCUGCGCCGGCACAGGCCUGGCACCGUUCCGCUCCUUCAUUCAAGAGCGAGCAGCCCAGAUCGGUGCCGGCCGCGAAUUAGCACCCGCGCAAUUAUACUACGGCUGCAGACAUCCCGAAAAAGAUCUCCUAUACGCUGCGGAACUCAAACGCUGGGAAGCCAUGGGCGCGGUCAAGAUCUAUUACGCUUUCAGCCAAGCACCUGAGCAGUCCGAUGGGCACAAACAUAUCGAAGAUGCUCUGCAAGCGAACAAGAAACAUUUGCUCGACCUUUGGGAUCAGGGCGCUCGUGUCUUUGUUUGCGGGAGUCGUGAUCUCGGCGAAGAAGUGAGGAAAGUUGUGCUUGAUUUGGCGAUGGAGAGGGCUGUGGAGAAGGGGAAGGAGUCUUCUCUUGAGAAGGCGGAGGCGUGGUUCGAUAGUGUGAGGAAUGAGAGGUAUUCUACUGAUGUCUUUACGUAG